AUCGAUCAUAUUAAAUUCUGUCUAAAUGGCUCUCACGGCGCGGGCACGUCGGUCCGUGCACGCUCCCCACGCGCGCGCUAUGCCCACGCGCCUCUGGGUGCGCGCAGGACCCGUCCCUACAGCGGAGAGCAGCAGCGCAUCCAUCCUGCCGUGGAGCCGGGAGCGUGGAGCCGCGAGGAGCGCACACACACAGAGAGAGAGAGAGAGAAAAAGACACACAGAGAGAGCGAGAGAGAGAAAAAGACACACAGAGAGAGAGAGAGAGCCACAGAAGAUGGACGGAGUGGGAUCGUUCGGAGCGGGCCGGGCCGGGACCACUAUCGACCCGAUUGCCUUCGCCAAACAGCCGCAGACCAUCCUCAGAGCGCUGUCCUGGAUAUUUUCCCUGGUGGUCUUCGCCUCCAUCGUGAACGAGGGUUACGUUAACCUGGGCAGCGAGCGCCUCCACUGUGUCUUCAACAAGAAUGCAGACGCGUGCAACUACGGCGUGUUCGUGGGCCUGGUGGGCCUGCUGGCGUGCUCCUUCUUCUUCCUGCUUGACUACAAGUUCUCCUCCAUCAGCUCCGUCAAAGACAGGAAGAAGGCUAUAAUGCUUGAGAUCGGCUUCUCGGGUUUCUGGAGCUUUCUGUACUUUGUAAGUUUCUGCUUUCUGGCCAAUCAGUGGUCUCGGACCACACCUGAUGAGCUGCCACUCAACCAGGGUGCAGAUGCAGCCCGGGCUGCAAUCGCCUUCUCGUUCUUUUCCAUAAUCACCUGGGCUGGUCUAACCGUACGUGCAGUCCAGAAGUAUCUGCUUGGCACAGACAUGACUCUGUUCACCACGGAGCACAUGGACGGCGGCGCGCCCACCCAGCCGUACCCAUCCAAUUCCCCUGUAGGCGACACCACUGAGACCACAGAGACCUACCAGAGCCCACCAUUCACUGAGAACAACGCAGCACCCACAUACCAGGUUCCCAUUUACUAGAGAAGAUAGACCUGAUGGUGGAAAAGGAAGGUCAGGAGAGGGAUGAGAGAAAAUUGCUUUCUGUGGUGUAACACCUGCAGUUGUUCAUGUGUUGAUCUGGGCUGAGUUUUCAAUAAUUGUUAAAAACAAAAUAAAAAAACGGCCUCUCCUUCUUUGUUUCCUCCUCUUGUUCCCUUUCCUUCCUUAACAUUCCACUUAUCUGCACUUUUCUAGACCUCUAUGUUAAACUCAAUUUCCUACUAGUGUCCCCUGGAUCAGAGCAGAUGAGAGAGCAAGAAAGCAAGAGGAGGACAUGUAGAAGAAGAGGCCGCUUUGCAGUAUUCAAACACUAUUUUGAAGAGAAAAAAAGAGAGAUGAAGGGAUCAACAAGUGAGUGACUCCACCACAAAGCAGUAUUGGAUUACUAAAAAUAGUGCAGAAGGCACCUUCAUCUUAUUCUUUUCAUUCAUUGAAGUGUCAAAAUCCCCCUUUCAUGCCAAACAGUACGGGGAAUGUUUUUUUUUAUAGCUACAGUGCGGUCUGGUCCUUCCUUCAUCUUUCCCUGCUGCAGUUAAAAGUAAUCAUGUGUUUUGAAUCUGCACGUUUCAAAACUUAGAGAUCAACUAAGUGCCAUACUGUACUGUGUGUCUCAGACAGUGACUUAAUUUAGUAGAUUUCUACAUGCUGUAAAAAACGACAACAAUGUUUUGUGACCAAGUGCAAUAUCACAUUCUUAUAGGUCUGUAGGUAGGUAUAUACUGUACUGUAGGUAGGCUAGUUACCGUCAGAUUAGACCAAUUUUAGGCACUGUCUCAAAUUACAUACUAGUCUUUGAAUUGUACUAACAAAUCUCAGGCAAAUUUUCAAAUUCAAAUUGUUGAUCUGACUGGUGAAGUUUGCAAGAUAUGGAAGUUAUUGUAUAUCUAAUAGGUCCUGAGAGAGCUUCUCAUUCACAAAAGCUUGUUGACAAUUGAAAUAAAAUUAGAUUUUAUGUCAUCUUUUCAAGUAUUUUACUGUAUGGUCUUCCUCGAUCGUAAUGGAAUCAUAAUUUUACAUGUGUAUUUACAUUUUAAAGAAAAAUGGUGCCACAAUGCAAAAUAUUCCUCAAGUACAUUAGCUGAAUCUGUGUGAAUCUGCUUCAUUCAUACACAUGGAUCAUGGUUGAUCACCCUUAAGAUUCAUUAGGGAAACCCUAAUCCACAUCCACAGUGAAAAUGACCAAAAAGAGACACAAAACAACUACAUAGAGAUGAAUGGACCACAAAGAGACACGGUUGUUUGUGGUCAUCUUGUGUCUCUUUUAGUCAGGGGGUCUUGCUUCUAUCUCAGAGGGAAGUGGGGGGGGGCUUUCACAUGUCUGUGUCCAGGGGCCCGUUGUCUCAUAAUCUGUCCAUGUUACCAGAGAAUGAAUGUAGUGUGUUAUUUGAGACAGUGUCCUUUGUUGAAAGUUGUGUGUAUAAAAUGGGGCGACUGGGGAGAUUCUGGAUAAGUCAGGUCUGUUUAUGUUUACGUUUUAGAAGCUGCCAAACUGCCCUGUGUUCUUAUUGCUGACUUCUGAUUACCACGUUACUACUAUGUUGUUAGUGUCUGUAGGAGUUUAUGUAAUCACAAAGCAGGGGGGGCAACAGAUGAGCUUUUAUUCAGUGAGCGAGGUCGGUUGCUGGAGGAUUCAGUGCUGUCUCAGGCAAAAGACAAAUCUGUUGGUGGGAUGUUGAGGAUGCGGAAGCUGGCUAAUUCAUUGAUCCUGCAAUCCAGGACAUAGAGGGAGAAGGGGUUGGAAUUGUUGCCAUGGUAACAGGGACAGUAUAGGGUGAGCCACUAAGGGCCCUGAUGUAGAUAGUCAUCAUGCCAACCAUGUCGGUGUAUAGCAGUGUCUGUGUCGUGGUUCACAUACACUCGCCAUCAGCGUAGUUUUGGUGUGUGUGUGUGUGUGUGUGUGUGUGUGUGUCCAUGUGCUACAAGCGUAAAUGUGUUAGCAUGCAUGAGAGAUGUGUGGGUGUGUUUGUGUUUGUGUGAAAAUGUGUGAAUGUGUGUAGUUGAUAACAUUUUUGUGGUGCAUAAAAGUUAUUUUCUUGUUUGUAAAAGUUUCAGUGCAGAGGAGGAAAUUAUAAGUCUGCUACACCACUGAAUCAUAUCCCCCCCAAAAAUAUAUAUUAUCAGCGUCCCUGUCAAGAUAUUUACAAAGUAUCAAAUUAAGAGUUGUUUUUUUAUGAAUAGAGCCAAAUAUAAAACUUCAUGUUAGAGUGAUAUAAUUGACCUGUAGAAUGCCUUGCCUGCUAUUCUAUCUGAUCAUGUGUAAGCAGCGCCCUCUGCACAUUAGAUACGGCCCUGCAGCAACAGGACAACUGGGGCUCUCAGAGUUUUAAAAGUACUCAUGAUAAUAAUGCAUGAAAUUGUUGUAUAGAACUCAUUAUAUACUGAAUACUAUGUAAUUCUUAAGUUGACUCAAGGACGUUUUGCAAAGUGAGAUUAGCCAGUCAUCAGUGCAGCUGACAGGAUUCCUUCUUGUGUUAUUGUAAUUCCAAUUUAUUAUUAACUACCCAAACAACUAUUUGUUUAACUCUCUUAUCUCAGCCUCAUGAUCUUGAUGGCCACACGUACACAAGUGUGUACAUAUCUCAGAGCUCCAGGGGUGAAACUGUCCCAGAAUGCUGACUGUAACUCACAUUGUCUUUACUUUACUUUAAACUGUAGUAAAGAAAUCUUAAUGUGACACAAGAACCCAGGGCCUCGAGCUACACUGACAUGACAGUGUCAGCUAAUAAAGUACAGGCUCUAUGUUAAAAUUCAGCCAAUUUCCAUUUGUCUUUGCUCCAGUUCUAGAAAGGAUUGAAAUCAUUUCAAAGUUGCCUUGUAAAACAGAACCAAGACCACUCAGUUUAAGAUUUACCUGUGAGCAUUGUUUUUAGUAUUUUUUUAUUCCCCAGACUGUCCGUCAGCGAGUGCAUAGUUAAGUGUGUAUAUGUUUUAAACUGAGAGAUAACAGUAGUAUUUCCUUUUAGGAUUUUGGUUUCGGGAAAGGGUGCAACACUUCUAGAAGCUGGAGUGUUACUGGGUGGGGUUUCAGGUCCUCUGGGAUAUGGUUUGGUACUGUUAUGUCUAUCUGGUGUAGUUAAAAGACUAUACUUUCUGGUUUUUCAUGUUCAGCCCAUUACCUACAAGUUGUAUGAACAUUACGGUCAAGUAUUUCCUGAAGCAACUGAUGUUGAUUCUUUAAAACAGCCCUUGGUUUUAGUUUAUUCUAAUGUGAUAUAUCACCUUACAGAGACUUGAGACAUGAAAUGUUUUGGUGACCUAAUGCUUAUUGUUUGUCUUUCAGGUUUGACUCUGACAUGUUGGUAAUGCAAUGAUUUUCAGAAGCUGACACUUAGAGCUCAAGAAAGUUCUUGUUCAGUGCUUACAAAUGCACUCCAUGAUAGUGAAAGUGUUUCAGCAUGUAUUCACAUUCAGCAUUUACCUCUCUAUAUAGUUGUUUUAAUUGUUAGUGUCAGAGUCCGCCAUCCAUGCAUUGAAUUUAAGUUUGAUUCCAUAACUAAAUAUUAACAAUGAUCAACUAAAGUCUAAAGAAGGAAAUCAAUUAAAAAUCUGAUAAAAAAAACUGGUUUUGAAAAUGUCAGUAAUAAUAAUACGUAUGAAGUAUGCUAAAAUAUGAAAAACUGCCAGUAUAGUUCUUUAAAUCUUGGGUAUUACUGGGCUGCUAGUAACCUGUUAACUGUGGUCAGGUGAGACUGGGGUAUUGAUGGUGGUAUUAGGUACUACUGGGGUACUAUUAGGUAGUUUGGGGUACUGUCAGGUCGUAUUAUUGUUCUCAGUGCUUCGGUCUCUUCUUCAGUCAGUGUGGUAGAUAAAAAUAAUAAUACAAGCAUUCUCUAUGUUUUGUGCUCUGGCCCAUGUACACUACCGUGGUAUUGGUUGAUUGUAAAUUUCAGUAUGUUAUUGAAGUAAAUGGAACCUGUGUGUGAUGCUGUCUAGGGUCUGGUUUGUCCUGUACUACUGAAAAUAAAAAAUAAAAACAUUAAUAAUGAUUAUUUAUUAACAAGAAUGCACUCUUUGUUGGAAAUACUUUGUUUGACCACUUUUGAAGGAGCCAUUGGCAUCAAAAAUCAAAGUUAUAUGUGAUCAUGCUGUUGCUUUGUUAGACUGAAAUAAUAAAAGGUGAUGAUAUGUAGUGACGCUGGUGCCAUCAGUUGUGUGGUUUCCAGUAUAAAACAUUGCAUGGAUGUUAAAAUAUUUCUCCCAUAAUAUUGAUAAUAAAAAUUUAACCCCCAUUGAUCAACAAACAAACCUUUUUUUUGUAGCGUGCUACCCUUUAACAUGUUUCUUCUGAGUUGUUUCUUCCUGUUCUGAAGGUGUUUGACCUCUUCAGUGUAAAAACGCUGUGUACAGAGAUGUGUGUCACUGUCUAUUACCUGAAUGUCUCUGGACUGCAGUCUGACCGUCACUCCAAUAAAAAAGAAAACAUG